UCCAUCUCAUCUCCCCAUACCCCCACCAUGUCCUCCCAGCCUCCCCCGAACGGGGCCAUCCCCGCCACAAAGCCCAAUCUCAUUACCCAGGGGCUCCCCAAGAUUAUCUUCGCUGGCAAGACCGGCAGGAUCCUCUGUGUGGCUGACAUCAGGGGCGACUACCACGAACUGAAUCGCUUGAUCAAGGAGCAUGACGCCACAGCCGUCAUUCAUACGGGUGACUUUGGCUUUAUGACAGCUGAGAGCGUGGACCGCAUGAGCGACAAGAUUCUCCGUCACCUCAUCCAAUACUCCCCCCUCCUCCCUCCAGCAACCCGUAACCAGCUUCUUUCCAUUCCCCCGCCGGCCGGCCGAACUGCCCUUAUCAACCAGCUCAACAAUUCUUCCGUUCACUUCCCUCUCUCUCAAUUUCCCCACCUUAUCUCCGGAGCCAUCAAUUUCCCAGUCCCGGUCUUCACAACAUGGGGUCUUGUGGAAGACGUCAAGGUUAUCGAAAAGUUUAGGACUGGAGAGUAUGAAGUGCAGAACCUGGCUAUGCUCGACGAGGCCACGUCAAGGUUGGUGGAAGUGGGUGGGGUGAAGCUGAGGUUGCUGGGUUUGGGGGGUACCGUGGCGCAGCACAAGCUUUUCGACUACGGGGAGGGCCACGGAAGUAUUGCAGGGGGCCAGGGGACCAUGUGGACUACGGCUCUUCAGAUUGGAGAGCUUAUAGAUACAGCUCAACGCUCUUUCAGCCCCGACGAAACACGUCUGUUCAUCUCGACAGCUCCCCCGAGCAAGGAUGGCCUCAUGAAACUCGUCUCGAAUGCUGUCCGGGCCGACAUGACCGUUUCUUGCGGGCUGCACUUCCGAUACCCCGUGUCCUACAACGAGUUCUCCGUCAGUCCAGACUUUGACUGUUAUCGUAAAAAGCUUCAGGAGGCCAAGGACGAGUUCAAGGGCCUGUUUGAGCAGGUGCGAGAGAAGGUGUUUAGCGCUUUGGGCGACAAACAGACUGCUUUACUUCACAAGACCCUUUCAGCCAUCGAGAACGUUCCUCUUUCGGAUGACGGCAUGUGGAUUAAUACCUGGCAUUGGAGUCUCUGUGAUGUUGGCUUUGGCAACAUGGUGCUCUCUAUUGCCGACUCUCGCAUCUCUUCCGAAACCAAAUCCUCCGGAGCCAACUUUUCCCACCGAAUCGGCCGUGGCCCUGCCCCUCCCACAGGCGCUGCUCAAACAUCCGCCGCUCCCAACCCCACCAACGCCAUCAAAGCAAUCCCUUCGCGCUCGAAUCAGACUGGCCCGGGUGGGCCCAUCCGUCCGCCUCUCAACGCUGGGCCUGGCCCCGUAAAUGGAGUGGCUCAGGGUCAUGGAAGACUUUCUUCUGGGCCAGGAGGUGGACCAGGCGGGUUCCAAGCGCGUCCGCCGCACACAGUCAGGGGCCAACGGGGUAAUUUCGGACUUCCUGUCGCCCCCAACGCCGCCAAUAUCUCUCAGAGCAACAUGUUCAAUCAGGCUCGCGCGAGUGCCCAAGCCGAGGGAAAGACGGCUGCUGGUGUGCCUUUUGACACUCUGAAAAAGGAGGACGUGUCUACGACGCCCCAGAAGGGGGAUCACAAGGAGGAGGCAAAGGAAAAGAAGGAUGAUGAAAAGCCCAAGACAAAGGGCGAAAAGAAGGCUGACAGGAAGGAAGAGGAGAAGGAGAAGGGCAGAGCAGCUGCUCAGGACAAGGAAAAGGAGCAGAAAGACCCCAAGAAAGAUGACAAAGAGGCCAACCCGUGGGGCAGCGACAAGACUGCCUCAUCCCCUGCUGCUGCCCCUGCCACUGUUUCGACUUCCACCGAACAGUCGAAGGAGCCCGAGUCCAACCCGUGGGCUGAUGAUGACAGCGAGAACAAAGCCCCCGAGGACAAGAGCCCGUGGGAGGUAGAUGGCGACGAGAAAAGCAAGGAUGGCCAGCAGCAGGACAAGGGCGCUUUCCCCAACGAUUCUAGGCCCAAGCGAUGGAGCCUUUUGAUCAAAGGCUUGCCCAGUCCUGCCUCUAUCGAAGAAGUGAAGGGAGCGUUUGGCGAAGAGUCGGGAAAAAUUACCAAUGUCAAGUUUAUCAUUGAUCCGGUGACCAAGAAGAACAGGGACUUUGCCUACAUUGAUUUCGCGAGCGAGGAAGCCAUGCUUGCUGCCCUGGAGAAGUCGCCGACUGUACGCAUCUUGUGAAUCAAUCUCUGAACGAGCUGACUCUAGUGGACAGACUCUUCGUGACAAUCCCGUGGU